AUGAGUAAGGUGAAACAAUUGCCUACCCAGAAAGAAGCUGUUGAAAAUGUUUGUGAGGGACUUUUGAGGAUAUAUGAUAGAAAGUUAUUGCCUGUUGAGAAGCAUUACAACUUUCACUCAUUUCAUUCUCCUGCUCUUGACACGGGUGAUUUCAGGGCAAAACCAAUGAUUAUGCUUUUAGGGCAAUACUCUACUGGAAAAACAACUUUUAUAAGAUAUCUUUUAGGCGAGGAUUUUCCGGGGAUGCAUAUUGGUCCAGAGCCUACCACAGAUAAAUUCAUCGUUGUCAUGAACGGAGAAUCCACUAUAAUUCCUGGCAAUGCGCUUGUGGUUGAUAGUCAGAAACAAUUUCGUGCAUUAUCAAAAUUUGGGAAUGCAUUUCUUAAUAGGUUUCAAUGCUCACAAUGCAAAAAUUCUGUCCUUGAAAGCUUGACUAUAAUCGACACUCCCGGCAUUUUAAGUGGAGAAAAACAGCGAAUUGAUCGAGGAUAUAGCUAUGCAGACGUUGUAGAAUGGUUUGCUGAGCAUGUCGACAGGAUUAUAUUACUGUUUGAUGCACACAAACUAGAUAUUUCAGACGAGUUUCGUCGGGUUAUUGAGUCUUUGCGUGGUUAUGAUGAAAAGAUACGUAUAGUAUUAAAUAAGGCAGAUAUGGUUGAAUCUCAACAGCUAAUGAGAGUAUAUGGGGCUCUUAUGUGGGGCUUGGGCAAAGUUCUGGGCACACCUGAGGUUGCUCGUGUUUACAUUGGGUCCUUUUGGGAUCAUCCACUUCACUUCGAUUCUGGCAGACACCUUUUUGAGCUUGAAGAAAUGGAUUUAUUUAAGGAUUUACAGACACUGCCCUCUAAUUCAGCGAUGCGGAAGCUCAAUGAUAUAAUAAGACGAUGUCGCCUUGUAAAG